AUUCUCUCAGUACGGAAGAGAACGACAGUAACGUUUGUCACACAGAAUUUGUUCUUUUAUUUCAGCGAAACGCUUGUCAAAUGUCAUGAUGUUGGACGUCCUGCUGCUCUUUUCCAGGAUCUGUACAGCUGUUGUUGGUGGAGCUUCACAGACAAUUACUGGAUACAUAGGAGAGAGAGUUGACAUCAGAUGCUCAUAUGAUUAUGGAUAUGAAUCAAAUUCAAAGUAUUUUUGUAAAGGGGAGUGUAUCUAUGGAAAUAGAAUCAUCAUGGUUAAAUCAGGAUCUCCAGCUAAAGACGAGAGAUUCUCUCUGACUGACGACACGACGGCCAGAGUUUUCACCGUCACCAUCACUGAUCUGAGAACAGAGGAUGAAGGCCAAUACUGGUGUGCUGUGAAGAGGAGUAUUACUGAUGUCUAUUCAGAGAUUCUGUUGCUGGUUAUGUUGGGUUCAUUUGUGAUUAUCAUUAUCACUGCGGAGGCUUUAGUUUUACUCCUGAUAGCAGUUCCACUGAUUAUAGUGGCUGUGCAGAUGAGAAAGAAGAAUAAAGGUCUGCUGUCGUCCGCCACUGUUGUGUUUAAUCCAGUGAUUUAUGAUCAGAUCAAAGACACUGGACGCUUCUGUAAUCCAGAGGACAGAGACACAGAAACAACUGUAUUUUACAGCUGUGUUUCAUAA